AUGACGCAAGAGACGAGUACCCUCGGCAAUGAUUUCACGGUCAAGGCCGGUCUGGCGCAGAUGCUCAAAGGCGGGGUCAUUAUGGACGUCGUGAAUGCCGAGCAGGCCCGCAUCGCAGAAGAAGCUGGCGCCGCGGCUGUAAUGGCCCUUGAGCGAGUUCCAGCCGACAUCCGCGCCCAAGGAGGUGUCGCGCGCAUGUCCGACCCAGGGAUGAUCAAGGAGAUCAUGGACGCGGUGACGAUUCCGGUAAUGGCAAAGGCGCGCAUCGGUCACUUUGUGGAGUGUCAGAUCCUCGAAGCAAUCGGCGUAGACUACAUCGACGAGUCCGAAGUCCUCACCCCAGCCGAUAAUCGCUACCACGUCACCAAGCACAACUUCAGGGUCCCCUUCGUCUGCGGCAGUCGCAAUCUCGGCGAGGCCCUGCGUCGCAUUGCCGAAGGGGCGGCCAUGAUCCGUACGAAGGGCGAAGCCGGCACUGGCGACGUCGUGGAGGCAGUCACACACAUGCGGACGCUGAACGCCCAGAUCAUGCGCGCGCGGGCGAUCCUCCAGUCGCGGCCGGAUCCGCAGCCCAAGUUGCGCGCGAUGGCGAGGGAGAUCGAGGCCCCCUACGAGCUGCUCCGGGAGACGGCCGAGCGGGGUCGUCUACCGAUCGUCAACUUUGCGGCUGGCGGGGUGGCGACGCCGGCGGAUGCGGCGCUGAUGAUGCAGUUGGGCUGCGACGGGGUGUUUGUCGGCUCGGGGAUUUUCAAAUCUGGGGAUGCGAAGAAGCGCGCGCGAGCGAUUGUGCAGGCUGUUACGCAUUACGAGGAUGCGAAGGUCCUUGCGGAGGUGAGUGAGGGUCUUGGGGAGGCGAUGGUCGGAAUUAAUGUGCAGAGGCUGGAGGAGGGUGAUAAAUUGGCUGGACUGGGGUGGUGA